UGCAUAUCCAACUGUACAACUAGAAGUCCACAAUUCUUGACCACAGUGCUACAAUACUUUACUGUGCACAUCCAUGUACAGACCAGUGAUUGAACUCCCAGUCUUAUUAAUCAUCUCAUGAUUCUCAUCUGUUUUCUUCUUACACCUAUCUGAUUGUUCUGCUGAACAAAGUAAAAGAUGGGCAGACAAACCAUUGAACAAGGGCUACUAACGUUGUCAGGAUCGAACUCCAACAUCAAUGGAGCUUCAGGUGAUUGCGGUGAUGCCUUAAAUCCAAGUGGGUCCUCCUCCUCGGCCUCCCAUGUUGUGGUUCUGAGCACAUUGGUGGCUCUGUGUGGUUCCUUUGGCUAUGGCUGUGCUGUAGGAUAUUCAUCCUCUGCUGAAUCAGGAAUUCUGGAGGACCUGGACCUUACUGUUGCAGCAUACUCAGUUUUUGGAUCGAUUAUGACGAUUGGAGGACUGAUUGGUGCACUAGUGAAUGGGAAGAUAACUGAUCUCAUUGGUCGUAGAGGUACAAUGUGGCUGUCUGAAAUAUUUAGUGCUGCAGGAUGGCUGGCCAUAGCAUUUGCACAGAAUGCUUUGUGGCUGGAUUUAGGACGGUUAUCAGUGGGAUUUGGUGCUGGUAUACUCUGCUACGUGGUUCCUGUCUACAUAGCAGAAAUAACACCUAAGGAACUUAGAGGAAGAUUUACUUCAGCUACUCAGUUGAUGAUUAGUUGCGGCUUAGCACUUGCGUUUUUCCUUGGAAAUGUCAUUACCUGGCGGAGCUUGGCAUUUGUCGGUGCUGUUCCAUCUCUUGUACACAUAAUAGGAUUAUUUUUUAUUCCAGAGUCUCCAAGGUGGCUGGCCAAAAUUGGCAGGCACAAGGACUUUGAAGCAUCUCUUCAGCGUUUGAGAGGAAAGAAUGCCGACAUAUCUCAAGAAGCAGCUGAUAUCAUGGAAUAUACUGAAAUGUUUCAGAACCACUCAGAAAAAGUCCUGGACUUGUUCCAAAGGAGAUAUGUUUACUCACUAAUUGUUGGAGUUGGUCUCAUGUCACUGCAACAAUUUGGGGGUGCCAAUGCUGUAGCAUAUUAUGCAAGUUCUAUAUUUGUAGAUGCAGGUUUCUCAAGUAGCAUCGGGACUAUAUCAUUGUCUCUCAUUGGGAUUCCUGGUGUUGCAUUGAGUGUGCUCUUAACAGACAAAGUUGGAAGACGACCACUUCUAAUGGUUUCUGCUGGGGGACUGUGCUUGAGUUCCCUUCUUGUGGGUUUGGCGUUCUUGUUUCAGGACAUCAGUUUCUGGAAGGAGUCCACUUCCAUUUCAGUGUACAUCGGCUUAUUGGUUCAAAGUCUAUCAUACACAAUAGGCAUAGCAGGAUUACCCUGGGUUAUUAUGUCUGAGAAAUCAUUUCAAUUUCAGAUAUUCCCCAUAAAUGUUAAAGGUACAGCUGGAAGCCUGUUGAGUUUGGUGAAUUGGUCCUGUGCUUGGAUAGUAACGUACACAUUCAAUUUCAUGAUGGAAUGGAACUCAGAAGGAACGUUUUUCUUCUUUGCAGUCAUUUCUGGUUUAACAGUUCUGUUCGUAGCAAAGCUUGUGCCAGAGACCAAGGGGCGAACCCUGGAAGAAUUACAAGCAUCAAUGUCCCACUUCCUCUGACAAUAGGAUGAAAUGUCUGCUUUCCACUAGUGAAGGAUGAUCCAACUCUCUUUUUUCUACCCUAGGCUGGCUAUACUCUACACAGAUAGUCAUCAGGUCAUGCAUGAAUAAAUGUCUCCAUUCCACCUAUGAAUUCGUAGCUGUACGAUCUUGUUGUAAAAAGUUGGUAUAAAAGAAAGUUAUACAGUUAUACUCCAUCAUCAUGGAUUUUGCAGUUCCUGAA